AUGGAUGUGCUGCAGUUGAAACACAGCCUCAAGUGUCUGACUGCCUUCGCCAGCACCGUGGAUAGAUUCAAUGAGACUUCCUCUGUACUUGGGUUCAUUCUCCUGGGCCUCUCGGCCCACCCAAAACUGGAGAAAACGUUCUUUGUCCUCAUCCUGUCAAUGUACCUGGUGAUCCUGCUGGGCAAUGGGGUCCUCAUCUUGGUGACCAUCCUUGACUCCCACCUCCACACACCCAUGUACUUCUUCCUGGGGAACCUCUCCUUCCUGGACAUCUGCUACACGACUUCCUCAGUCCCCCUCAUUCUUGACAGCUUUCUUACGCCCAAAAAAACCAUCUCCUUUUCAGCCUGCUUUGGGCAGAUGUUUCUGUCCUUUGCCAUGGGAGCCACGGAGUGUGUGCUGCUGAGCAUGAUGACAUUUGAUCGCUACAUGGCCAUCUGCAAUCCCCUUAGGUACCCUGUGGUCAUGAGCAAGGCUGCUUAUGUACCCAUGGCUGUCAGCUCUUGGGCAGCUGGAGGUGCUGCCUCCAUGGUUCAAACAUCUCUUGCUAUGAGGCUGCCAUUCUGUGGGGACAAUGUCAUCAACCACUUUACCUGUGAGAUCCUGGCUAUCCUGAAGUUGGCCUGUGCUGAUAUCUCCAUUAAUGUGAUCAGCAUGGGAGUGACAAAUGUGAUCUAUUUAGGAGUCCCAGUUCUGUUCAUCUCUUUCUCCUAUGUCUUCAUUCUUGCCACCAUUCUGAGGAUUCCCUCAGCUGAGGGCAGGAAAAAGGCCUUCUCCACCUGCUCUGCCCACCUUACAGUUGUGGCCGUCUUCUACAGGACCAUCCUCUUCAUGUAUGGGAAGCCCAAGUCCAAGGACCCACGGGGGCCAGACAAGCAGGACCUUGCAGACAAGCUCAUCUCCCUCUUCUAUGGGGUGGUGACCCCCAUGCUGAACCCCAUCAUCUACAGCCUAAGGAACAAAGUUGUGAAGGCUGCUGUGAGGAGCCUGGUGGCUCAAAAACACCUAAUUGAGUGA